AUAAAUCCGCGCGGUGCACUGUGGAUCGUCCUUUUCGGUUGUUCUCGGUGUUAGAACAUGGGUAAGCCAAGAGGUUUAAGGACCGCUCGUAAACUCAGAAACCAUCGCCGUGACCAAAGAUGGCACGAUAAAGGAUACAAGAAGGCGCAUUUGGGAACAGCUCUAAAGGCUAACCCUUUUGGUGGCGCCUCUCACGCCAAGGGAAUUGUUCUCGAGAAAGUGGGAGUCGAAGCCAAGCAGCCGAACUCUGCUAUUCGAAAGUGUGUUCGUGUACAGCUCAUUAAGAAUGGAAAGAAGAUCACUGCUUUUGUGCCAAAUGAUGGCUGCCUUAAUUUCAUUGAAGAAAACGAUGAAGUUCUAAUCUCUGGUUUUGGCAGAAGAGGUCAUGCUGUUGGUGAUAUUCCUGGUGUGAGGUUUAAGGUUGUAAAGGUUGCUAAUGUUUCACUUCUUGCUCUUUUCAAAGAGAAGAAGGAACGGCCUCGAUCCUAAAUGAUGCUGUAACGACAAUAAAAAUGUAACUUGC